UUUCUGACGUGUUUGUAGUGCUAGUUACCCGCCUGUAGUGUCUAUAAUGGUUAAAUAUAGUGGAGAAAGUGGAGGAGUUUGCGUUGAACUAAGGGAAAGGGAGCUGGGCGGCCGGAGGGACAACAGUCGGCGAUGUGUAGGCAUCGUGAGGAAGCUUGCGUGUGAGAAAACUUCAACAUUUCGGAGGAUUUGGGACAAGGAAUCCAAGUACCCCAUCUCUUAUGAAGAGGGAAGGUUGUUGUUUGAUAACUAUCGAACCUGUUAUACAAGUCUAGGCCUCCAUGCCACACCACAGCUGCUAUUCCGACUGCCCAGCUGCUCAGCUGCAGAAAAGACUGAAGAUGUCAUCAUGUGUCAGUCCAGCUUGAACACCCUCCCAAUGGAGAACCAGGGUUACAGAGGCUGUCUCCUGGGGCUCACUGCCAGUAACUGGCUGAUGAGAUGGGAUGUCAGCACAGGGAAGUGUCUAGAGGCUGUCUACCUGUCACAUAGAUACAAGUUCAGACACAUUGCAUGGGGGACAUUUCUGGAGAACUUUGUGGUGAGGUCUAUUCACACCAAACACACCGCUGCAGCACGAGCCGCAGGAAUCCCCCAGCCACUCCUUAUGGUGCUGGCCAUGUUUAAGGUCUUUCCACUCAGGUUCACUGCCAUGCUGGAGAUCAACAAACAUGUGUUUGGGAAGGAUGUAACAGAUGCGAUGAUCUCACAGGGAGUUCUGGUAGUGAUGUACCAGGGAAACACAGUCAGGUGCUUCAGCUUUGACGACAUCGUAGACAAGAACACUGUUGUGAAAGCAGACCUUUACCAGAACUGUGGAGACUUUGGUACUGUUGGUAGCUACCCCACUGGACUUCCACUGACUGUCAAACUAACAGAGCGUCCGCCAGUACUGUUUGAAGUGAAGUGUUUAGAACACAGCUUGCAGAUGGGAGGGAUACCCUGGCACUACCUCAUCACUCCUCCAGCACAAGGGUACAAGGGAGUCUUCCAUGUCAAGUCUCUGCAAACAGGUGCCAUGGCCAAGAAUGGAGUGUUGGACAUGGACAGUGUUUCUGUUGAGCCAGACAAGGCCUUUUUCCAUACAGACGACUCUGGAAGGAUCUUCCACAUGGGGCCCAGCACACUCAGGGUACUGAGAAUAAGGAGAGGCAGCCAUGGCUAUGAACUAGUGCCAGAUUUUGUCAUCGAUGCUUAUUCUCAGUCUACAACUAAUGGACCUCAGCUGGAUGGUAUGAUCCUAACCUCCUCAGGGAGACAGGUGAAGAGACUGUUACUGGAUGCCUAUGCCGACCCUUGCUAUGAGUCUCUCCAAGGUGUUGACUAUGAGAGUGACCUGGACAUCUUGGCAGUGACAUCUGUCAGUCAGAGGGAUGACAAGCUGGUGGGGCAUGUCUGUCUCCAUGACAACCAAACUGGUGCACUGCUGAACAGGGUAGAGCUGGAGGAGGCUUGGGACGAGACAUGUGAUCAUACCAUUUCCAUGGAUCUGGACACACUGGUUCACAUUGUGAGAAGCCCACAGAGAAGAUACCAUUGUUAUGUCUACAAGUUAGACAGGACUGUGGGACAAAUAGAUGAAGAACAACCUCGACACAAAGGAAAACGGAGAAAAUCCAGCAGACGGGGAAGAUGAAAACGCAGUAAUCUGUAGAUAGUUAGAAAGUCUGCCUUGUCCCACCGACGACCAGUGUCGGUCAUGGGACUAGGUACAUGUAGGUACUAGGUAGGUACAUGUAGUUAGGAACAAGUGGAAUGAACGUCUUAUAUAUCAUAAUAAUGAUAAUAAUUAGAAAGAGCUCUAAUGUGUAGUUUGUCUAUUGUUUAGGCCACACCAAUUUAAUUUCUUGGUAAACAGAUUUUUCUAGAAAAAUAAUAAUUCGAAAAAAAAAGAAUA